CCGUUUUUAUUCCAAACCGUAGGCUCGUUACCGAACCUUAGGUUCGGAAUCAUCACAGAUUUAUACGGCUGAGAUUUCUUCGCCUAGUUACACUCAAAACGUCACGCUCGAAGCUGAAACGUAUCUCUCGUUCACGCUCUCUCUAGAAUCUAGUCGAUUUGAUUGGUACUGUCUAAGCGGAGAUCUAUGGCGGAGCACGCGGCGGAGCACGAUUCUCUUAUGGAGAAGAUCGCCGAUAAGAUCCAAGGUCACGAUUCCUCCUCCUCCGACUCCGAUGACGACAAGCCGUCGCCUGUCGAAACUGUUACGAACAAGAUUUACAGGCUCUUCGGCAGAGAGAAACCUGUUCACAAGGUUCUUGGCGGUGGAAAACCUGCUGAUGUUUUUCUAUGGAGGAACAAGAAAAUCUCUGCAGGUGUGCUUGGUGGUGCCACUGCUAUGUGGAUUCUCUUUGAAUUACUUGAAUACCACUUACUUACACUGGUCUGCCAUAUAUUGAUACUUGCUCUUGCUGUCCUUUUCUUGUGGUCCAAUGCAUCCAGGUUUAUCAACAAGUCACCUCCUCAGAUUCCAGAUGUUAAAAUCCAUGAAAAGCAUGUCGUGGAUGUUGCUUCUGCUCUGACAUAUGAAAUUAACCGAGGCUUGGCUGUCCUGCGAGAUAUUGCAUCUGGGAGAGAGUUGAAGAAAUUUCUUGGUGUCAUUGCUGGUUUGUGGGUUAUGUCAAUCGUGGGUAGUUGGUGCAACUUCCUGACCUUGUUCUACAUAUCCUUUGUUUUGCUCCACACCGUGCCUGUGAUUUAUGAGAAAUACGAGGACAAGAUUGAUCCAUUUGCUGAGAAGGCACUAAUUGAGAUCAAGAAGCAAUACGCUGUGUUCGAUGAAAAGGUUUUGAGGAAAGUUUUGAGUAAAAUUCCCAAGGGUGCAUUGAAGGACAAGAAGAAGGAAUAGACAGACACAUGAGUGGAUCAAGGUUUUGACAAAAUUUGGUGUUGUAGUUUAUCAUCCAUUAGAAUCUUUGGUUUCCUUUUUUAUGUUUUAAAAUAGCGUUUGAGUGCACACAAUUAAACCAAAUAAAUAUGUUAUUGCAAUGAUUUUUAAAUUUUC